AGAUAACAGAUUACCUACUUUCACAACCUUACUAUAUCGCAGUAGCUUACAUUUGAAGAUAUACAUGCUUGCUUCAAGAUUAUUGUCGGCUGUUUUUAGCAAACGCUUUAAUUUAAAUAUUAUCACAAGGGCUUACUUUAAAAGUUUUUAUGCGUAUAAAUACUGACUGAGUGAACGGGUACAAAAACGGAUACAAAUAGUUAUAUUGGAGUUAUAUGUUAUAAAAUAAUUUUGUUUGUUCUAAAAUAAUGGAGACGGACGAACAAUUUAAAAAUAAAGUUGAACAGUAUGUUGGAAGAAUAGUUGAGAAGAGUCUGGAAAUGGUUAAAACAGAAACAUUUGGAGAUUUUCAUGGAAGCCUGAAAGCCGGAAAGAUGGGAAAUAAAUUCACAGACGUAAAACAGUUUGCCGAUUCUCUAGUUAAUAGCUGUGUGAAGGAUGGGUUACAAGAAAUACACAAAUUAUCAAAAUCAAAACCAAUUUUAUGUAUUGGCAUUUGCACGCUUGACUUUGUUAUAAUCUGCGAUGAAUAUCCGAUAGAAGAUUCUAAAACGCUGGCAAUCGGCAAUUACUGGGCACGUGGUGGGAAUGCAUCCAAUACGUCAACAGUUCUCGCUCAUCUAGGCGCCCAAGUUGAAUACUUUGGAACUAUGGUGGACAAUCAAUGGCUAACGUUUUUACAAACAGACUUUAAAGAGACUGGUGUCUGCAUUGAAAAUUGCAUAAUACUUAAUCAUGAAAAACACAAGGCACCAAUUGCACCUUUGAUAAUAAGUAAGAAAAAGGGGACAAGAACCGCCAUUCCAGAUUUCAAUGGUAUCGUGGGGGUGACGUAUGAGCAGUUUUCUUCAUUAGAUAUAGGAAAAUACUCAUGGAUACACCUUGAAUCAAGAAGUUUUGAAGGUCGGACAGAUGACAUUGAAAAUAUCGUUACUCGUAUCGUCAGAUAUAAUACAGUGAAUAAUGCUGGUCGGAAGGUGCUGGUGUCAGUUGAACUGGAGCAGCCAAACUCAACAAAUCCAGAAUUUCGAUUUCUGUUCGGAAAAGCUGAUAUUGUUCUAAUUGGCAAAGACUAUGCAAUUGAUGACGGUUAUGCUAAUAAAGAAGAGACUGUUAGGGGUCUUUACAAACUUUGUAAAGCUGGUACUAUACUUGUAUGUGCAUGGGGAGAGGACGGUGCUGCUGCAUUGGUUGAUGACAAAUUAGAAGUGUCGCCUGCAUUCCCUCCGGAAAAGGUGGUUGAUACUUUAGGCGCCGGAGAUACUUUCAAUGCAGGCUUUAUUUACGCCUUUAGUAGAGGGAAGUCCGUUGCAAAGGCUUUAGAAUUUGGAUGCAUAGUUGCAGGGCAUAAAUGUGGCUGCCAUGGGUUUUCGUGCGUAAAGGGAUUGCAAAGAAAAGUAUAUUUGUAAUUCUACAAAAAUAAUUAAUGAAACAAUCUGUGUACAGUGAUGAAUUUGUGCAUGCUUAUAAAUUACUUUCGUGUUUGUUUAACUAUAGCUAUGUUUAUUAAUGGUAAUUGUUAAUUGCCUCAAUCUAUUUAUCUUGUUAUGACAUUCAAAUGAUUCAAGUGUUUUUUCUUUGGCGUUUUUAUGUCUAAUUAAAUUAUUGCACGCGCACGACUUACCUAAAAUGUAGCGUUUAUCACUCAGACAAAAAACAGUUAAGUAAAUAGCAAACAAGGCAUGUCUGAUGAACAAUAUACAUUAUUUUUAUUCUUGUAUAAAUUUACUUAAUUCAUAUUGUAAAUACUUUGUAAAGUUAACCAAGAUAGUUGUUUAAGAAAUGUUAUGUAAACUAAACGUAAAACAAUAUUCCAUCAAUUACUUACAUAUUGUCAGCUGUCAUACUUUGGAACUUACCUUGGCUUUUAUGUGUACUUAUUCAUAACAGUAAAAACAACCGAUCUCAAAUCUAGUCAACAUAAUUGUAUAUACUUGUAUAGACUUAUAAAGCUUUUCUAUAUUGCAA